AUGUUGGUCAAAAACAUUCUUUUGUCCCUCGGACUCUACGCCAUCGUCGGCCUCUCCAGCCCAACCCCUGAAGUCUCGGUUGAAGCCUCUGUUGACUCCAACGCCGUCGAGGCCAACACCACCGCGAAUAUCCUGACCGAACGCGCCACCGGCGUCUGGCUGGAUGUCUACAAAUCCGGCUCAUGCGACAGCGGCUGGGAAGACCAGCCAAAGUCCGGUUGGGUGUGGGCCGGCCAAUGCAAGAACUUUGACUCCUUUACCUACGGCGCCAGGGCUGGAAAGAAUGACCAGGGCUGGCCAGCCUCGUGCACUUUCAAGUUCUGGGAGAAUGCUGAUUGUCAUGGCCAUGCUACUGUCCAUCAUAUCUCGGAUUCUAUCAAGUGGAAGAAAGGGUAUAUGGGUAUUCCUUACCCGACAUACCAAUGUAUUGCGACGGCGAAUAAGCAAUCUGGAGAGUUUUACCUGGGAAAUGGGGCUGCUAGUGUGUUGAUGACGUGUUAG